AUGAGAGAUGAUCCUGAUUUCAUUCAGAAGCACGACAAUCCUUCUAAGAAAGAAGUAGAAAAUAAAAGCAAUAAAUCUAAGAAAAGACAAGCAACAUAUCUGAUCCUGGUCUUCCAACCACAACCGACAAGGUGGAUUUUGGUCAACUUGAGGAUGCUGAAGGAGUCCUUGAUGAUGAUCCGAUUGAAUCCAUCCAAUAUCCUCAAACUUCUUAAUUCUCUUAUAACCAUUACUGAGUCUAUGGGUGCAAUUUUAGCGUGUGCUCUUCCAUGGAUGAAGUGUCUACUUCUACAACAUGCAAGUAGAAUAAUGUCCCAAGAGUCUUCAUUAAAAGUUUUGAACUCUUUGUUUCAACUGAUUGAGUCUAGAGUCUCCUCUUUUAAUUUUGUCUUCCAACUCUCAAGUUUAUUAGAUGUGCUUUAUGUCAGGGUUCAUUACAAGGAGGUAGAUGAAGUUGAAACUGUGCCAAUUAUCUACAUGGACACAAAUGAUAGUGAAGAUGAAGAUAAAACAAAGGAGAUUGUAGAAGUUGCAAAAGCUUCAAUGGGACAAGAACAAUUUCAGAUGGGUGGACUUGAUUUUGUUAAGACAACCAUUGCAAGAACAAUUUCUGAACUUGUGCUCUUGAUGCCCCAAAAGUUUCAUGAAAUGAAUGCACAAUACAUAACGCGUGUGAAAGAGGGUAUUUGA